UCAUUAUAUUUUUUUACCCAUUAACCAUUCACUUCCCCCUCACCCUCCAAUACUAAGGUCUUUGAACUAAAGAAAAUGAAAGAGUGUUAGAAUCAGCCUCAGAACGAAGGACUUUCUUAACUUCUCCUGUUUUGCCCCCAAGUGCACGACGAAACUCUUCCCGUCUGAAGUUACCUUAUCCAAAGCUCCUCCAGAAAGAACCCAGUGGACUUUGAUCACCUCCCUGAGAUUUUCUUAACCGGGGAAGAUUAAACUCAUGGCAGAAGUUCCAAGAAGGAGAGACCAGCUGCCCCUGAACCCCAGAACAACCAGCUGGAUCAAUUCUCACAGGAGCCACAGCACGGAGACUGGGAAACAUGGUUCCAAAACUGUUCACUUCCCAAAUUUGUCUGCUUCUUCUGUUGGGGCUUAUGGGUGUGGAGGGCUCACUCCAUGCCAAACCCCGACAGUUUACCUGGGCUCAGUGGUUUGAAAUCCAGCACAUCAAUAUGACCUCCCAGCAAUGCACCAAUGCAAUGCGGGUCAUUAACAAUUAUCAACGGCGAUGCAAAAACCAAAAUACUUUUCUUCGUACCACUUUUGCUAAUGUAGUUAAUGUUUGUGGUAACCCAAAUAUGACAUGUCCUAGUAACAAAACUCGCAAAAAUUGUCAUCAAAGUGGAAGCCAGGUGCCUUUAAUCCACUGUAACCUCACAACUCCAAGUCCACAGAAUAUUUCAAACUGCGGGUAUGCACAGACACCAGCAAACAUGUUCUAUAUAGUUGCAUGUGACAACAGAGAUCAACAACGGGACCCUCCACAGUAUCCAGUAGUUCCAGUUCACCUGGAUAGAAUCAUCUAAGCUCCUGUAUCAAUACUCCUCGUCAUCACUCAUCUGCCAAGCUCCUCAAUCAUACCCAAGAUCCCGUCUCUCCAUGUACCCUGGGUAUCAACAUCUGUCCUCAUCAAUCUCCAUACCCCUUCAGCUUUCCUGAGCUGAAGUCCCUUGUGAAGCCUGCAAUAAACUGCUUUGCAAAU